AUGGCAUCUUACCACACUCGAUCAAUCAGUUUUCCCUUGAAAUCUCACCCAAUUGUCGAUCAAUUGGAUGAACAAUUGUGUAGAUUGAGAUCUUCUCGAGCUGCAUCUACUUCAUCGCUCACCAACAAACUUAUGGAUCUUAAAGAUUUAUACAAGUGUGUUGACGACUUUCUCCAACUACCCUUGAAUCGGAAAAUAGUAUAUGACAGUUGGGUCGAGAGAGUAUUGGAUGGAUCGCUAAGACUCCCAGACAUUUGUGCAUCAUCUCGCGAUGUUUUGGCACAAUCAAAGGAACGGAUUCAAGACAUACAGUCAGUUCUAAGGAGAAGAUGGGGGGGUGAACUUAACAUUACAAAUGAAGUUUCUGAAUAUUUGAAAACCCGAAAAAUAGCCAAGAAAAUGAUUAGAAACUUGUCGAAAGACAUCAAGGAAGGUGUCGAAACGAACUAG